GUUUGGAGGUAAAAAAUGUGAUUAAAAUAAUUAAUCUAUUAAUUUUUCUGUACACAUGUUCCCCAUAAGAACAUCGUGAGACAUAUCCUCAAAAUUGAUUAUUUUAUGUUUAUUUCCUAUCAUAUCGAUUUAUUUUCGAACAUGAUCGAUAAAACUAAAAUAGAUUCCAUGCCAAACUCCACAGAAGUCAUCUGCAUGGUCGAUAAAGACGAUAACGAAGUCGGCUCCUGUACCAGAAAAGAAAUGAGAUUGUAUAAUGAGUGGCAUCGUAUAUCCUCCGUUGUAAUUUUAUCAAAUCCCGAUGAUCCACACUUAUUCUAUCAUAUUCGAGAUCUUGCCAAAGAAUACUGCCCCGGUUUUGUAGACUUAGCCUUCGGCGGUGUCGUUUCGGUUGGCGAAACAUAUAUGGAAAAUGCAAUAAGAGAGGUGUAUGAGGAAUGUGGAUUACCUUUACAGGAAGAUAAUCUAAUUGAAGUCGGUUAUUUCCCCAGAGAUGAUGAUCAAGUCAAAUGUCAUUACAAAGUCUUUGUCGCAUUGUUUAAUGGUACGGCGGAGGAGUUAACGCCUCAGAAGGGUGAGGUACUGUAUAUAAAGAAGGUUCCGUUGUCAGAGGUGGAUGAUUUAAUGAAGAAUUCACCACACACUAAAUCAUGCCCCAAAAUACUCGAAUUUGUCAAAUCGUUUAUCAGCCAAGGUAAAAUGGCACAACUCAAUGAAGCCAAACUAUAACCACAUGUAAAAUAAAUUUCAAUCACACCAAAUUAAAAUAUAA